GCCCAGUUCCUGUGGGCAGCACUUGAUGCGCCUGACCCUCUCCUUUCCGCAAUUCGAGGGAAAGGCGAGAUCUUACACAAGGUACCCGGUGUCCGCCUUCCGCAAGGGAAGCCUGACAUGGAGCCUCUCUGGCUGCUUAUCCUUUCGGCCGUCACAGAGCUGUCCCGAGCCCACAACGCCACCAUAUUCCAGGGCAUGGCGGGCCGGGCAUUGCAGGUGUCUUGCCCCUACAACUCCUUGAAGCACUGGGGGAGACGCAAAGCCUGGUGCCGCCAGCUGGAUGAAGAGGGCACGUGCCAGCGGGUGGUCAGCACCCACCGCUCGUGGCUGCUGUCUUUCCUCAAGAGGUGGAAUGGGAGCACGGCCAUCGUGGAUGAUGCCCUGGGGGGCACACUCACCAUUACGCUGAGGAAUCUUCAAGCCCACGAUGCUGGCCUCUACCAGUGCCAGAGUCUCUAUGGUGAUGAGGCCGACACCCUCAGGAAGGUCCUGGUGGAGGUACUGGCUGACCCCCUCGAUCACCUGGACCCUGAAGGUCUCUGGGUCCCUGAGGAGUCCAGGAGCUUCGAGGGUGCCCAGGUGGAGCGCAGCAUGGCCAGGCAGACUGCUGUGUGUAGGCCACCCCAAGGCCUCCCUCAUGUCUUCCUUGUGUCUUCAAGGAGUCUCUCAGAAGAGGCUACUCCCUUCCCACCCACUUCCAUACUCUUCCUCCUGGCCUGCAUCUUUCUGGGCAAGCUUUUAGCAGCCAGUGCCCUCUGGGCUGCGGCCUGGCAUGGGUGGAAACUGGAGGCGCCCCGGGCCAGCGGGCUGGACGGUAGCCAUGACCCAGGUUACCAGCUCCAGACCCUGACAGGGCGAAGAGGCACAUGAGAGAAGACACAUGGGAAGAGAGGCCCCGGGAGAGGUCCGCUGGAGCCGCCCCAGCUGCACACCUGCCCCUCAGCCACCAAGAGUCCUGGUUCUGCUUUGGCGAAAGGCCA